UAUAUUUGACUAUUAUGUUAUAUGGGAUUGUACACUAUAUAGUUUUAUUCAAGUCUUAUUUAAUUAGGUUGGUUGUGGGUAGUUUAGGUUUAGUUGAAAGAUUUCAAUCGGGCUGAAAUGAUUGCUAAUGUACAACGCCCAUCAUCGAGUUUCAGCGUGUUCAAACCUCGCAAGAAAUCCUGGUGGUUCGCGGCACACUGAAUGAGGGCCCACACACCCCACUCAAACAUAAGAAGCAUGAAACCAAUGUUCUUCCUAAACCAGUGCAGUCAGUGGAAUAUCCGUUGCAGGAUUUAAUAUUGCCAGGAUCACGAGCAGCAUCCAGGGACGGUUCAUUCGGUUCUUACAGUCAAGCCUCUUUCUUCUCGCGGCACAACCCCCACCCAGUGAGAGUGAGACAUAUUAAAGGUUUGAACGGAAUACCAAUCUGCACAGUGAACGACUUUGGUCGUGUUCCACUUAAUAGAUUCAACAUAACAACACCAACAAGCAGAGAGCGAAAUGAUUUGUUCAAGAACCACUUGGCUUCAACCACUCUUGGUAUAAACAGCACUGACUUUCCUAUUGAUACAAUAACUGGGUUGCAGAAUUAUCCUUUCAGGGAAAAAGCAUUGCCAAGGAUUGGAUUGGUCCCGAUCACGGAAUCUUGGCGUGGUGAACUCCACGACUUUUGCACCAAAGUUGGACUAACUUUCCCUGAGGUUGAAUUACAACCAGCAGUGCCGACCACACCCGCUGUUAAACGGGAAACCAUCUAUUCACGUCGAACGGGACGCAUCAAGCCACCGACAUCCAGAAGCUCACAUAGAUAUCCAAGACCAAUGAAUUAUAAUCACAUCACCUCCUACCCCGACACUGAGUCCUUGAUGUUGGAACUUCUAUGUCAGGUUCUUCACACAGACUCCAUACCUUCAGUACAACAGUGGUUGGUGUCAGCUGGAGAUCGAGAAAAAGGUUUGGUAAUGGAGAUUAUUAAGUCAGCAAUAUCACAAGAAGAAGAACAACUCAAGCACGAAGCUACAUCGACGGCUGGUGAUGUGAAAAAUGUUGUUUCCAUGCCGGAGAAAUAUACCCCAGAUUUAUUGGAACGUGAUGAUGGGGUUGAAAGCAGGAGGUCGAUUGCGACUCCAAGACGACCCAGGUCUACUCGCCCCCUUGGUACGGCCCAACGAUUGUUAACCGCCGUGCAAGAAGCCGAGGAAGAUAAACUGAAUCUUCCCCCAAUAAUGAGGUACAGCAAGUCUGCUGAGCGACCACGCUCUGUGUUAAGCGUUGUACCCGAGGAACCCCAAGAAUAAUGACCACCAUGUACAUCGCUUCUGCCAUGAACAUUUUAGUGCCAUGUAGAACUCACUGUACAAAUUGCUUCUUACAACUUGCCCCUACAACUAAUCUGUGACAUUUUUUACUUGAAAGUUUUCUAGUGUUUAUUGCCAACUUCAAUUUCAUGUCAUUUCUUCAAUUAAACUUCAGUUUCUUACCUAGAUUGUGUAUAUUAUGUUCAAACUGUGAUUUAAUAAAAGUUUCUACUCAAAUG